GUGAUCAGACAGACCGGGAGCGCGCGCAGAUCCGCCCUCCAGACGCCAUUUCUCGGACGGUGUGGGGAGCUGAAGCAGCCUUUACACUGACGCUGGGAAAGAACAGAAGACACAAGAAACAAACUAAAAACAUCUUCUCGGUCGCUCUGUGAAGUCGUACACCCUAAAGGGGAGCAACGCGUGAGCAGGGCAACUUUUCAGAAUUUACGUUACUUGUGAGUUCGUUUUGUGUGAAGACGUGUUGCGGGCCGCCAUUUUUGUUACAGCCUUCGAAGUCUGCUGGGAGUCCAAAUAAGAGACAAAACUCUGCUGUACUUUGGUCUAAUACACGAACCAGGACUCGUUGUUGAACGCACCUGCCCAAUGUCGCCUAGAAUCGUCACGCAGAGCGAUUUACUAAAAUAAUACAGCAAUAUUUCCCUCAUCUUUAGCUGAGGGUGAUUGAAUACGGCUAGCUGGCUAACGCUUUAUAUUGUCUCAUAAGCUACAGCUACUUUCACGGAAGAGAGAGCGGAAAGGGGAACUUUAAUUCUAAAUACGCGUUUUGGGGGUUUGUUGCUAACUUUUUGGUGUGGUUGUUUUAACCGGUUCAAGCCCGCCGUGAUUCUCGUGUUGCUGGAAAAUUUAGCGAUGCAUCAAAGUUGGUUGACGCCUGUCUGGUCAAACGUCAGGUUGCGGUUCAGUAGCACUGUCGAUUUGUCGACUUGCCUUGGAUUUGACAGAAUUUAUAAAAACGUCUACUAGCCUUCAUACAAAUCGACUUAUUCUUUUUUUAUUAUUCUUUUUUGCUAAUUAAUUUUCCUUUACGAUUUCGUAAACAUGUCGUCUGCACGGUUCGACUCCUCGGACCGAGCCAGCUGGUAUUUCGGUCAGGUCUCGAGACAGGAGGCGCAGAACAGGUUACAGGGACAGAGACACGGGAUGUUUUUGGUGCGAGAUUCGUCCACCUGUCCCGGUGACUACGUACUGUCCGUGUCCGAAAACUCCAAAGUUUCUCAUUAUAUCAUCAAUUCUUUGCCAAACAAGAGAUUCAAGAUAGGCGACCAAGAGUUUGAUAAUCUACCUGCCCUUUUGGAGUUCUAUAAAAUACAUUAUCUGGAUACGACCACCCUGAUAGAGCCUGCACCAAGGUACCCCAGUACCCCUCUAACCUCCGGUCCCAUUCAGCCGGCCGGGGGCCUCGGAGAUGAGAACCAGGAGUAUGUGCGGACUCUUUAUGACUUCACUGGUAGCGAUGCUGAAGACCUUCCUUUCAAGAAGGGUGAAGUCCUGAUUAUUCUGGAAAAGCCUGAGGAGCAAUGGUGGAGUGCCAAGAACAAGGAAGGCCAAAUAGGCAUGAUUCCUGUUCCCUAUGUAGAUAAGCUGAUGAGGCCUUCACCUCACCCUAGUCAGCCCGGUCAUGGUUCCCGCAAUUCGAAUAGCUAUGGCAUCCCAGAGCCUGCACACGCCUAUGCCCAGCCUCAGACUCCAUCUCCCCUUCCCCCUGUUACACCCGGCGCUGUCAUCAACCCGCUGCCUUCCAUGCAGAAUGGGCCUGUCAUGGCAAAGGCUAUCCAGAAACGAGUGCCUUGUGCAUAUGACAAGACUGCCUUAGCACUAGAGGUGGGUGACAUUGUGAAAGUGACUAGGAUGAACAUCAGCGGUCAGUGGGAAGGGGAAGUAAACGGCCGGAGAGGUUCAUUUCCCUUCACCCAUGUGAAAAUAUUAGACCCCCAAAACCCAGAUGAGAACGAAUGACCUGGGCCUCGCUCUGUCACCACCCUGUACACUUCCAGGCUGCCCCACCAAGUCACCACCGGUAUUACGCUUGCCUGCCUUGGGGCUCAGCCAUGGCGCAUUUCUGAAGCAAACCAUUUGCGCAGCUUUUGACUGUUUAAAGCUCUGAAAUCAAACGGUUCUUAAUCCCCCUCACCUGGUUACAGGCAAAUAAAAAAAUAAAAAAAAUUAAUAUCUGCCCUAUAUGUCCUGAUAUUUCCAUGCCAUCGACCAUCUGUACCUGUGCCAAGGUGAGAUGAGGCCUCCAUCAUGACUGGAGCCUUUCUUGCCACUCUCUGCCACUGCCCUUUCAGUUUUCUCUCUUCAGCUUUGACUUUUGCAAGCUAAAUAUAUUUGUGUUAAGAAAGGGAAUUGGAACUGAGGAUUAAACCUCUGGUUUGAUUGCCAAAUGCUUAGUUGUUUGGUCCAAUAUGCAUUUUUCCCACAUUGAUCAUUUUUUGUUUUGUUACAUUUAAACGUAAUCCAAAUUAUACUGAUCUGAAUCAUGGUAACAGCCCUGCUAGUUCUCUGCAGUGGUGGUUUCUUAGAGACAACUGCAUCACUUACCAGUUACACUGUCUUUGUCCAAGUAGAAUAUGUGGGACUAGUUUACUGUAGCCUUUUUUUUAUUUGUGCCAUAAUAACUUGAAAUCUGUAAAUUGCAGUAAUAGUGUAGUUAGAUGGUUGUGGCUAGACUCUUGAGGGAUUUAACUUUUAAAUGGUGAAGGGCUUGCCUGUGGAGCAUCUUUGCAUCCAGUUGUGAUACCUUAGUGAUGCAGCUUUGGGUUUAGGGGAGUGUAAGGGGAAAAAAUCCACCUCAUAUAUGCCAAGAUGGAAAUGUAAUCUGCACAGUCAGGAGCUCAUCUCUUGAGGAUUGGAUUCAGUGUCUGACCAUACACUCAUCAUUGCCUUUAGUUCUGGUGUCAGUAAAGUCUGGAUCUCUCUGCUUCUUUACUGUUACUGCACAUCACAAGGUCUUUAUUAUAAAUAUAUUAAAACUUUGAUGGUUUCUGCCUGGUUUUGAUUCAGUAUCUACACACAACUUUUAGGUUUUGUCCAUCUGUAACCAGUUUCUAUUUUUUCUUUGACAGCUGUUAAAUUAAGCAUUUACUGUGUGCUGAAUAAACUGGUGUGAAACUUUUCUAAAAAGGGAUAUAAAUGCCUGCUGGUGGCCUCUGUGCAUGACCUCCUGGCCAAGAGGAUUUUCCCUCUAAGAUUAAAUGCUGCUUCAUGUCAUUUCUCUAUUCCUGUUUUUUUUAUUUAUUCCCAUUUUCCUUUUGAAAUAUAUCUAUUGAUUGGUUUUCCUUUCCCAGCAUCAAGUUAAGGCUAAAUAUUCAUGGUAAAGUAAUAUUCUGGGUUCAAUAUAAGUUAAGCUCAAUUGACGGCAUUUGUGGCAUAAUAUUGAUUAACACACAAUUUUUUGACUUGCCCCUCCUUUUCUUAAAAAAACAGAAAGGUUACAGAAAGGCACUUACAAUGGAAGUGAAUGGGGUCAAUCUGUAAAGGUUAAAAAACCCACCAUUUCAAAAGUAUAGACACAAGACAUAAAAUAAAUGCAUGUUAACAUGAUUUUAGUGUGAUAACAUCACUUGCUAACCUUUUCUGUGUAAAGUAUUAUCCAGUUUUACAACUUCUUUGCCAUGAUGAUGAAAUGUCAACAAACCCUAAAAAUUAUGAUUUAAACAACUUUACAGCUCAAAUAAUACUAGUUUUAACAGAAGAACUAAUGUAAGUGCUUUUAUAAAAUUAAGCUUCCUAUUUCUUCAUUAAAACCCUUCCAAAAAUUGGCCCCAUUCACUUACAUUGUAAGUGCCUCAUUGUAACCUCAACUUUUGCUUUUUUUUUUUUUUUAUAAAGAAAAGGGGGGGACAAGUCGAAAUAACUUUUUGUGGUAAUCGACAUUAUGCCAAAAAUGCUGUCAAUUGACCUACCCAUAUCUUUUAGAAUCGCUCAAUUUAAGGUUUCAAAUGCUUAAGAUUUUGUUUCUUUUGGUAAGGCUUUAACAGUAUUAUUAUUUUUUUUCACAUUACUGAAUAUCCAUGUGGCAUCAUUUGUUAAAAAUGAAAAUUUGUGCCUUUUAUUUUCUUACUCCAUUUACAUGUGUUAAUAAUAAUUCCCAUGGUUAACACCCAUGCUGGUAUUGCCCAUUAUGUACAGAACAAAUAAAUAAAAUUUAUGUCUAAUUCUC